AGCCGCGGACUGAUGCCCAGACGAAGCGCGCGCGCACGCACGCACAACGGUGGCAAUCAUUUCCUUUCUCGUAACUAACAACCGAAGAGAGGAUGCCUGCGUCCAGCCGGUGUUACAUCAGCACCACCGCCUGCCUGCCUUCCUUCCCCAUUCCCCAUCCCCAUCACAUCACAUCUGCCCCCACACCAACCCGAACCCUAGCGUCCCGGUCGCGGUGCUAGCCACCGCGCGCAGCCGCGUCGGUCGUUCCCUCCUCCCCCGAGAUCGGCGGCUCUGUUGGCGGCGGCCGCGGUGGAAGCUCGGCUGGAGGAGGCGAGGGCUGCGGGGACGGGGGCAUGGGGCUCCAUGGCUGAGGAUGCCUGUGCUGCGUAGCGCGGCGCGGAGGGCCCGAGAGGCGCAGGGGAGUCCGGCUGCGGCGGCGGCGGAGGCUGUUGAGGCGGCAGCACCAGCGCCACCGCCGGCGGAGACGAGGCCGAGGGCGGCCGCGAGAGCGGAGCAGAGGGGGUGGGAGGAGAUCAGGCCCGCGGAGGUCGCGGAGGAAGUCGGAGGCGGCGAGGGCGAGCGUGGGAUGGACGACCCGGACAGCGCGGCGCGCAGCGCCGACAAGGUGGCCGUCGAUGACGAAGGCAACACCACCCCGGUCCCUGGCACGGUCCAGGUGGGCAAUUCACCAAAGUAUAGAGUUGACAGAAAGCUUGGGAAAGGAGGAUUUGGCCAAGUAUAUGUUGGCCACCGCAUUUCAGUUAACGGUCCAGGUGCUGUUGAGAUGGCAUUGAAGUUUGAGCAUAGGACCAGUAAAGGGUGCAACAAUGGCCCUCCUUAUGAGUGGCAGGUUUACAACAUUGUCGGUGGCAUUCAUGGAGUUCCUCGAGUCCACUAUAAAGGGCGCCAAGGGGAGUAUUAUGUUAUGGUUAUGGAUAUGCUCGGACCCAGUCUGUGGGAUGUCUGGAAUAAUAAUUCCCACACAAUGUCAGUUGAGAUGGUUGCUUGUAUUGCUAUUGAAGCUAUCUCCAUACUUGAGAAAAUGCAUUCAAAAGGAUAUGUUCACGGGGAUGUCAAACCAGAGAAUUUCUUGCUAGGGACUCCUGGAACGCCUGAAGAAAAGAAACUCUUUCUUGUCGAUCUUGGCUUAGCUACGAAGUGGAAGGAUAGUUCAACAGGCCUUCAUGUUGAUUAUGAUCAGCGACCUGAUGUUUUCAGGGGAACAGUUCGGUAUGCUAGUGUUCAUGCACAUCUUGGGAGAAUAGGUAGCAGGAGGGAUGAUUUAGAAUCUCUAGCAUAUACAUUAGUCUUUCUUCUACGGGGACGUCUACCUUGGCAAGGUUAUCAGGGUGAAAACAAAGGCUUCCUUGUCUGCAAGAAGAAAAUGGCAACCUCUCCAGAAUCUCUCUGUUGCUUUUGCCCACAACCCUUCAGGGAGUUUGUAGAGUACGUGGUCAACUUGAAGUUUGAUGAAGAACCCAACUAUGCAAAGUGUAUAUCACUUUUUGACAGUGUAGUGGGCCCAAAUCCAGAUAUCAGGCCAAUUAACACUGAUGGCGCUCAGAAGCUUAUACAUCACGUUGGCCAGAAGAGAGGCCGCUUAUUGAUGGAGGAAGAGGCAGAUGAACAACCGAAGAAGAAGAUGAGGAUGGGAAUGCCUGCAACACAGUGGAUAAGUGUUUACAAUGCCAGGCGGGCAAUGAAACAAAGGUAUCAUUACAAUGUUGCAGAUUCAAGACUUGUACAGCACAUUGAAAAAGGGAAUGAAGAUGGCCUGUUUAUCAGCUGCAUAACAUCUUGUUCAAAUCUCUGGGCACUAAUCAUGGAUGCUGGCACUGGGUUUACUUCUCAAGUUUAUGAGCUUACACCGCAUUUUCUUCACAAAGAAUGGAUAAUGGACCAAUGGGAGAGGAACCACUAUAUAACUGCACUUGCUGGAGCAAACAAUGGGAGCUCCGUGGUAGUGAUGUCUAAAGGUACAGCGUAUACACAACAAUCCUACAAAGUUAGCGAUACUUUCCCCUACAAAUGGAUAAACAAGAAAUGGCGAGAUGGUUUCUAUGUAACUUCCAUGGCGACUGCUGGAAGUAGAUGGGCAGUUGUCAUGUCUCGUAAUGCAGGGUUUUCUGAUCAGGUUGUUGAACUGGACUUCUUGUAUCCCAGCGAGGGAAUUCAUAAGCGGUGGGAUAAUGGUUUCCGGAUUACCGCAACUGCUGCAACUUGGGAUCAGGCUGCAUUCAUUUUAAGUGUACCAAGGAGGAAACCUACAGAUGAAACCCAAGAGACACUUAGGACAUCUGCUUUCCCUAGUCAACAUGUGAAGGAGAAAUGGUCCAAGAAUCUCUACCUAGCAUCAAUAUGCUAUGGGCGUACUGUAUCCUAGGAAUCUUGUCAUGUAGUUCAACGCCAUUUUGCGAGUAGUUCUGUCAACAUCAUCUUUUGGUCUACCUAGCUCACAGAGUAGCAGUUCUGAUGUGCAGGCGAGUUCUGAAUGCGACCCAACGUAACCCUGACUGUUGUGUUGUUGUGAGGACGCUUCUGCUUGUUGUUCUUAAUUAUAUAGACUAGCGCGUACAGUGGUAAAUGUUUUGUAGUUCGUGUUAAUCAUUUAUGUAGUUGACUAUUAAUUGUAGUGUAAGGCGUUGUCAGAUGUCAGAUGUGUACACCUGAUUGGUGUGAUUGAACUCCUGUCUAAUUGUGUCAGGGCCUCAAGAGGUCCCUACCCAACUCUUUAUCAUGAGGUAUAGUUACAUGUUCUAGCU